CGCCUUGCACUAGAUCUAGAAAACAAAAUAAACAAACACAAUACCCCAUGUGCUUUUCACGCUUCUUACUCGUGCACCAUUCUGCUAGCUAACUUCUCUACAACUUAAACCUCACAGGUAAAAUCAAUAAUUGAAACAUGGAGGGAGCUGUUAUUGGAAAUGGAGUCCAUACAACCGAGGGAAAGGGAGUGAGGGUAGCUACCAAUGGGUCAACUGGAUCUGUAUUUGAGAAUGUCAAGUUGUGUCCACCUGAUGCUAUCUUCAAUGUCAAAAAUAAAUACGUGGCAGACAAGUCACCCAAUAAAGUCAACUUGGGUGUUGGUGCCUAUCGUACGGAGAAGGGAGAGCCGUGGGUGCUACCCGUGGUAAGGACCAUUGAGGCCCAGAUGAGUGUGGACUCUGUCCUGAACCACGAGUACCUAGCCAUUGAUGGCCUUAGGGCAUUCACUGAUGCGUCGUCUAGACUCCUCUUAGGAGACUCCUCCCUGGCCAUCACCCAAAACAGGGCGUGUGGAGUACAGGCACUGUCUGGGACUGGUGCCAUUCGACUGGGUCUAACUUUUCUGUUUCAGAACAACUCCUCAAAAACCAUCUACUUAUCUAACCCAACCUGGGGCAACCAUAAUGGUAUAGCGAGUGCUGUAGGCUACACAGAUGUGAGACAGUAUCGCUACUAUAAGAAGGAAACCAAAGGCCUGGACUUUGAGGGCAUGAUCCAAGACAUCAAGGAAGCCCCUGAGGGAGCUGUGUUCAUCCUGCACACAUGUGCACACAACCCUACGGGGGUGGAUCCCAGCACUAGUCAGUGGAAGGAGAUACUCACCGUCAUUAAGGAGAAGAACAUCUUUGUGCUGUUUGACACUGCGUACCAAGGCUUUGCCUCAGGUGAUCCUGACAAAGAUGUGUUUGCCGUUCGUGAGGCUGUUAAGAUGGGAAUGGAGUUCUUUGCUGCUCAGUCCUUCUCCAAGAACUUUGGACUCUACAAUGAGCGGACUGGACAGCUGUGCUGUGUGCUCAAGACGCCCGAGGUUACCACGAUUGUGAAGAGUCAAUUAGUUGUCAUCUGUCGUCGGAUGUGGUCUAACCCGCCCAACCAUGGAGCUCGUAUUGUGGCCACAGCUCUCAAUAAUCCAUCACUCAAGCAGGAAUGGAUUGAGAACCUGACAACCAUGACUAGUCGCAUCCACUCAAUGAGGACAGAGCUCCACUCCGCCCUGAGGGCAAACGGUACCCCUGGCAACUGGGACCACAUCAUUAAACAGAUUGGCAUGUUCACUUUCACCGGAUUAACAAAUUCCCAAGUUGAGCAUCUGACUAACAAGUACCACAUCUACUUGCUGAAGAACGGGCGUAUUAACAUGUGUGGACUAAACCCCAGUAAUAUUGAGUAUGUGGCUAAAGCUCUCAAGGACGCUGUUACUGCCUGCCCCGAGAGUUGCUGAUAAACUAUAUAAACUGAACUUUUGCAACACUUAUUAGAAUAGAAUAGCAGUGGUCAGGUCACUCUUAUUUAUUGUACCGUCGUUCCACCCUCAAACUAUUUAUAUUGUUGUGUGCAUAGGUAGUGCAUUGUAUUGAUGUUGACUAUAAGUGCUAUGUAUGUGUGCGGUGUGUCACUGAAACCACAACCAGAUUGAACUGUGAAA